AUGUCUACAGAAAAGCUGAUCCGUCUUGGAGUCCUGGUUCCAUCUUCCAACACCGCUCUCGAACCUCUGACCAGUGCGAUAAUCUCGACAAUACCUAAUGUCUCGGUUCACUUCUCGCGCUUCGAGGUCACCGAGAUCUCACUAUCUGAGCAAGCCCUGUCCCAGUUCGACGAUAGCAAGAUCAUACAGGCUGCAAAGCUCCUACAGCACGCUCAUGUCGAUGUUAUCGGCUGGAGUGGGACAAGCAGUGGUUGGCUAGGUCUAGAGGCCGACGACCGAUUAUGCCAGCGGAUUGAAGAAGCCACAGGAAUUAAGGCUACGACGAGUGUCAUUGGUUUGUGCAAAAUCUUGCAGGAAGUCUCGAAAGGCGGAGCACGCUUUGGUCUCGUGACUCCGUAUCUGGACGAGGUGCAGAAGAAGAUCGUGGAGACAUUCGGAAAGGCGGGCUACGAAGUGGUGGCGGAGUCGCAUCUAAACAGGAAAGUCAAUGUGGAAUUUGCGGACAUUACAGAGGAAGAGCUGGAUCAGCAGGUUGCUGAUGUUGUGGAGAGGAUGGAGGAUGAGCCGGUGAAGAUUGUGUCCACAUUCUGCACGAACCUUCGUGCUGCGCAAAGGGCUUCUUAUUGGGAGAACAAAUACCCUGGCCUGAUUGUUGCAGACACAGUGGGAACUGUGAUCUGGGACAUGCUGCGCAUAGCUGGAGUCGACAUUUCGGACCUGUGUGAUUGGGGAAGCAUCUUCUCAAAACGUCCUUCAAAAGCACGAUCGUGA